AUGGCUGCACCUUUCACUCUGCUGGUUUUGUGCUGUGCUUUCACACUGAGCUGCAGUGAGAAACCUGAAUGGUUCCACAACAUUUCUACCAAUCUCUUCAAUUUGUCCGGGGACAUUAUGCUCGGAGGGCUCUUUCCCAUUAACCAGCUCUCCAGCAACCUCAGCCAGAUGACGGAGCCUAACAACAUCAGCUGUGAAAGUAUAAAUGAGUUUGGACUGGGCCUCGCUUUUGUAAUGAAAUAUGCAGUGGAUGAGAUCAACGCAAAACAAGUUCUGCUCCCUGGCAUCAAGUUGGGUUAUGAAAUCUAUGAUACGUGCAAACAAUCAUCCAUGAUUGUGAAGUCCACCCUUUCUUUCCUCACUGCAAAAUCUAACAAAGCCCUAUCUGUGGAGUGUAAUUACACAAAUUAUGAGACCAGCAUAUCAGCAGUGAUUGGUCCUCUAAGCUCAGAAAUGGUGUCAGUCAUUGGAAAACUCCUGGGAUUCUUUCUGAUGCCGCAGGUAAGCUACCGUGCCACCAGUGACAAAUUCAGUAACAAGCUCCUCUACCCGUCAUUCUUCCGUACGGUGCCUAGUGACAAAUGGCAAGUGUAUGUCAUGGUGCUUCUGCUGAAGGAGUUUAACUGGAACUGGGUGGCAGUGGUGGGCAGUGAAGAGGAGUAUGGACAACAAGGUGUGCAGGAAUUCUCCAAAACAGCAGAAAAACAGUCUGUCUGUGUGGCCUAUCAGGCACUGAUUCCAGUGUAUAGUGACUCUAAAACAGCAAUCGAUACCAUCAUCACUAAUAUCCAAGCAACAAAAGUUAAAGUGGUAGUGGUCUUUUCUGUCACAGGGCCAGCUGUGGCCUUUUUUAAAGAGGUCAUCAGGAGGAACGUAACUGCUGUGUGGAUUGCUAGCACAAGUUGGGGCAUCAGCGAACAACUGUCUUCGCUCCCCAAUAUCCGAACAGUCGGCACAAUUAUUGGAUUCAUUGACAAGACACAGGACCUGGACCUGCUCAUUCCCUACACACUGGAGCUCUUCACCAAACUGAGUGAAGAGAGGGCGAGGACUUCCCCUCCAGCUCGAAAGUCCACAGGCCUUCCUGACAAUCCCUGCCCACAAUGUUGGGACCUAACCACUGCUAAUAUUAGCUUGGUGAAAACCCCUGCAGUGACGCAUGCAGCUUUCAGUGUGUAUGCUGCCACCUACAGUGUGGCUCAGGCCCUGCACAACCUGCUGGGAUGCAAUUCAACCGCCUGUAUGCAGGGACCGGAAACCAAAAUCUUACCCUGGAAGCUGUUGGAGGUUUUAAAGAAUACUUCUGUGGACAUAAAUGGCACACAUUUAAAGUUUGACAGUGAUGGCAACCCAAACAUGGGAUACAAUAUCAUUGAGUGGGUCUGGAAAGAUUCGGAUGUCGACUUUUUAGAUAUUGGAAACUUUCAUGUACAACUGUCCAUCAACAAAACCCUCAUCAAAUGGCACACUGAAAACUCUGAGGUUCCUCAAUCUACCUGUUCAGCAGACUGUGAGAAAGGCCAGGUCCGCAGAGUCAAAGGCUUCCAUUCCUGCUGUUUUGAUUGUAUUGACUGUUUGCCAGGAACUUACCAAGCAGAUCAGGAUGACAUCCAGUGCACUAAGUGCCCCGAUCGUAAAUGGUCUCUGAUCCGCAGCAAUAAUUGCACUGAACCCAACUUUUUCUAUUUGUCCUGGGACACGCCUGAGGCUCUGGGAAUGACACUGGCUGUGGUGGGACUCCUGGUUAUUCAGAUUUCAGUGUGUGUCGUGUUCCUGAAACACCGGGGGACCCUGUUGGUAACGGCCUCGGGUGGAGCCCUGAGUUUUGUCACUCUGCUUAGCCUGAUGGUAGCUUGCCUCAGUCUGCUACUCUUCCUCGGGGAGCCAGGGGACUUGGUGUGUCGUCUUCAGCUGCCCCUCACCUCCAUUUUCCAAACAGUGGCCCUCUCCAUUAUCAUGUCCAUCUCACUGCAGAUUCUGUACGUGACAGAGUUCCCAAAGAUGGCCGCCUCUCACCUGCACAUACUAAGAGGCCCUGGAAGAUGGCUGUUUGUGCUGGUCUGCUGCACUGUGCAGGCUGGUCUCUGCGGCUGGUUUGUUCAGGAAGGUCCUUCGCUGUCUGAGUAUAUGUCAAAAAUGGAAAUAACCUUUGUGAGAGAAUUUCUAUCAUGUCCAAUGGCACCUUUGUCCGGAUUUGCUAUAAUACAAGGUUUCAACGGCGUGAUGGCCCUUGUAUCAUUCAUGUGCACCUUCAUGGCAGCAAAGCCUCUUCGUCAGUAUAACCUCGCCAGGGACAUCACCUUUUCCUCUCUGAUCUACUGUGUGAUUUGGGUGAGCUUUAUUCCGAUCUACAUAGGUCUGAAUGAGAAGAACAGGUCUUUAGUGCAUGUUCAUUUCUCCCUGGCAAGCAACCUGGGAUUGGUAGUAGCCUACUACUUCCCAAAAUGUCACUUCCUGUUGAGAAAGCCUGAGCUCAAUACAGCAGAGCACUUUUGUACCUUCCUAGAGGGCGCUUCAGUAACACAAGCUCAGGAGGAAUCACAGCCCCAGAAAGACUCAGGGAAUUAA